UGUGGUCGCCAUCGAGAUUGAAACAAACGCUCGCAUGCAAGACCCGUAUGAAACUGAAACUCGAACUUUUAUAGUGUGCCAUGCACACCGAGAUGUCCAACCGUGGCAGUACCACCCCUGACUCUGCGGGUCACGAGGAAAUCGGUGUGCAAUUGCCAGAGUAAUGGGGGCACUGCGGGUUGGAAUCAGGCAAUCUCAUCCUCGCGCGCGGCCGCGGCGGACUUGGCCUUCGACUUCCUCCCAUUCUUCUUCGUUGAUGGGUUCACCGAAGCCGGCGAAAGCAGAACGAGCUCGACCGCGGGCGGUAGGACGAAAACUGUCGGUGUUCGAGCCGCUAGUACCUGGUGUGGCGCCGCUCGACUUGCCGGUACCACGCUCAAGAGGAGAACCUGACUCGGCCACCAUGCGACGACCUGAAGCUGGGGUAGUAGAGGCAGACGAGGCACCAAAGGUAGGAGUUGCACCAAUGCCGUAGUUUCGAGCAUGUCCUAGGCUAGGUCCUCCCGCCUUGGCCUUGAUCACAGGGGAGGGAUUGAGCUUGCGAUUGCCACCAUUGGUUUGGACAAUUGCGCUGGCGCCGCUGCCAGUAUUGUUGCUGGCUGUAUUGGCGAGACGGCCAUUGGCACCCGAACCAUGAGGAGUUGCAAGCUUGCUAGUCGGAGAGGGUUCACUCACAGGAGUUCCAGACUUGGAGCUCUGCGGAGUGUUCAAACCGCCCGAACCAUUCGCAACGUUAGGGGCAAAAC